AUGAGUAUCGUGCCUAAGGAGACAGUAGAGGUCAUAGCACAAAGCAUCGGAAUUAAUAACUUGUCUCCAGAUGCCGCACUCGCUCUUGCUCCUGAUGUUGAAUAUCGCAUGCGUGAGAUAAUGCAGGAGGCAAUAAAGUGUAUGCAUCAUUCAAAGAGAACUACGUUAACAACAGACGAUGUUGAUAGUGCACUCAACUUAAGAAAUGUUGAGCCAAUUUAUGGCUUCGCCUCUGGGGAUCCUUUUCGUUUCAGAAGAGCUCUUGGACACAAGGAUCUGUUUUACAUUGAUGACAAAGAUGUGGAUUUUAAAGAUGUUAUUGAAGCUCCUUUACCAAAAGCACCGCUGGAGACUUCAAUUGCCUGUCACUGGCUGGCUAUUGAAGGUGUACAGCCUGCUAUUCCAGAAAAUGCUCCAGUGGAAGUUCUUACUGCUCCUUGUGAGACCAAAAAGCCUGAGCAAAAAGAUGAUGGACUUCCUGUUGACAUUAGAUUACCUGUUAAGCAUGUGCUAUCUAGGGAACUUCAGCUUUACUUUGACAAAAUCACUGAGCUUACAGUGAGUAGGUCUGAUUCGGUUCUUUUCAAGGAAGCCUUGGUGAGUUUGGCCACAGACUCAGGACUCCAUCCUUUAAUCCCUUAUUUCACAUGCUUCAUUGCAGACGAGGUUUCACGUGGGUUGAAUGAUUUUAAGCUGUUAUUUGCAUUGAUGCGUGUUGUGUGGAGUCUUCUCCAGAAUCCACAUAUGCAAAUAGAACCUUAUCUACACCAGUUGAUGCCAUCAGUUGUUACCUGUCUUGUUGCAAAACGAUUAGGAAAUCGAUUGGCAGACAACCACUGGGAACUUAGAGACUUCACAGCAAACCUGGUUGCCACGAUAUGCAAAAGGUUUGGGCAUGUUUAUAAUAAUCUCCAGACACGUUUGACAAAAACCUUGCUCCAUGCAUUUCUGGAUCCAAAACGUGCAAUGACUCAACACUAUGGUGCCAUCCAAGGACUAGCGGCCCUAGGACCUAAUGUGGUUCGCCUUCUUAUACUACCAAAUCUGGAAACAUAUCUUCAACUCCUUGCACCCGAGAUGCUUCUCGAGAAGCAAAAGAAUGAGAUGAAAAGGCAUGAAGCUUGGCGUGUAUAUGGGGCCUUGCUGCAUGCUGCGGGUCAAUGCAUAUAUGAUCGGCUCAAGAUGUUUCCACUUUUACCAUCCCCUCAUGCACAUGCUGUCUGGAGGAACAAUGCAAGAGUCGUUACUGCAAGCCCAACAAAUAAACGCAAGGCAAGUGUGGAGCAAUUGGAGCAGCAGCCUCCCCUCAAGAAGGUUGUUACUGAUAGCCCACUAACUCCGAACAACUCCUUACAUUCUGAAAUGCAAGGAGAAACGAGAAGUGCUGCUGCUUUAGGGGAUUCUGAUGCAGGCCCAUCAUCUUCUUCUAGCCAGAUACCUAAUGCGAGUGUUUUGGUUAGUAGAGGAAGAGGAGAUAAGGGUGAUAAUCAAGCUUUAAGGAUGACGUCAGUUGUUCUCAACCAGGUUUGGAAAGAUGACCUGAAUUCUGGGAAUCUUCUUGUUUCAUUGUUUGAAAUGUUUGGUGAAAGCAUUUUCUCCUUCAUCCCAACCCCUGAGAUGUCUUUGUUUUUGUAA